AAGGUGCGGAGAAACCACGAGAACGAGGAACAGCUGCGUUAUAAUAAUACCGAUCGCGGCAACCUGCUGUCGAGAUUCACGCGCGGAGGACAGUGCGGAGACAGAUAGGCGUCCGGCCAAUCCGCCACGUUGCGCCGCUUCCUCGGGGGAUAAUUCACGAGCUGUACACGACCCGGGUGAUAAGCGAAUCCGGGGACAAAUCGAUCAAUCGUUCCCGAUUCGCGCCGUCAGCCACGCAUGACAUUCGUGCCGGACUCGUCAUCGUCCAAAAAUACGUACCGGUCGAAGGGAACGGACAGACAGACGAAGGAGGAGGUGGAGGAAGACCGGUUGGUCUAGCUAGAGCGAGAUCACGCCUUGAAGAGGGCGGACGAUAUCUCGAUAGCGCGCAGACUGUCGACAACAAUGGACAAGACGAAGCUGGUGAGCAAUGAUUUGGAGCUGCCGCCGUUGCGCAGCCUGGACGACUUCCUACUCGGCUCCGCUCGCUUCCAAAUACCGAAUCUGAAGGAUCUGGAGAAAUGGGGCAACCGUGUGGUCAAUAAUCUCCUGUACUAUCAGACCAACUACUUGUUCAUGUCCGUCAUCAUCUUCCUCGUCGUCGGAUUGAUGCAUCCUGUUAAAAUGCUAGUUGGUAUGUUGGCCAUGCUGGUCAUCUUGGGUGUAUUCAUCUAUGUAUCCAUGGAAGGAAGCACAGCUUAUAACUUUAAGAAACGAUAUCCAGCUGUCGGAAUAACUUUUAUAAUACUUGCCGGAUGUUUUCUAACUUAUACUCUGGGAUCUCUCAUUGUUUUCUUUCUGGGCAUACUGUUGCCGUUUUGUGUGACUUUUGUACAUGCAUCACUGAGAUUAAGGAAUAUGAAGAACAAACUUGUCAAUAAAAUCGAGGGCAUUGGCUUGAAACGCACGCCGAUGGGUAUUUUCCUGGAACAUCUCGAAGACGUGACUGGUUUCGCCAUGCGUGCACAGACAUCUCUCAUACAACCGCCUCACUAAUAUCCUGCUUUGCGCAUCAGGUUGUAUAUAAAUUAAAUUGACAGAAGUUAACGUCAGUAAGCGUUAACGUUUGUCGCCACUGCUGAUCUAAUCGGGCUGCUAUAUCUCGCGCAGUGUUAUCGCGGUGAGAAUAUCCACUUUCAACAGGUUGUCCAAUCAAAAAGAAUCGUGUGUCCGCAACAUUUCCGGAAUACAAAUUAAGCAGAUAUCUGUGACUUGAACCGAGAACGAUCGAGAAAUUAUUCCGCACGACAUGCUAUAUCAAUUUAUUCAUGACUUGUGUGAUCUUUUUCUCCAGAUACUUAUACUUUCAGGGUUAUCUUUCAGUGAGGAUAUACAUAAUUUUUAAAUCUCGUCUUAUAACAAUUCCAAACGUGUUGAGUGUGUCGUAUGUAUAUGUGAUAUCAAUACUUACAAAUCAAAGUCACUAAAGUUAUAUCUGUAUAUGUAAAAUCCGAUAUUUUAA